GCUACUACCAUAAUCGGUAGAUAAUGAACGUAAUGCAAUUACUGAUUGUACAAUCGAUAGGCAAUAAACAUCAUGAAACUACCAAUCGCCAAGCAAAAACUUGUCGGGAUUGAGCUUAAGCUGAAAUUUUCGAAGACGUUGAAACACCUUUCUUAGGACACCUACAUGAUCCUUGCUAUGUAUAUAUUUUGCCACCAUGUCAUUUACAUAUAUUUCCAUCUCUCUGUGCAUCAUGUCGUGGCAAAUGGUGGUCAUGACUCGUUGGUAUGUGGCUCCGGCUUUUUCAAUCCGAAAGGCAUGACUACGUAACAAAAUAUUCCCCAUGGAUUGAUGAAGGAUGUUUUGGUCAUGUCUUCUUCUGCCAUUCUAAUCUGAUUAUAUCCGGAGAAGCCAUCCAUGAAUGAAAGACACCCUUUCCCGGAGGUAUUAUCGACUAAGAUAUCGAUAUGUGGCAACGGGAAAUCAUCCUUCGGACUAGCAUUGUUCAGGUUGCGGUAAUCAAUGCACAUCCUUACCUUUCCGUCUUUCUUCGGAACAGGUACGACGUUAGCCAUCCAUUUCCGUGUAAGUAACUGCUCUGAGAAAGCCUGCGUUGAGCUGCUUUUCCACUUUUUCUUUGACUUUUAAGGUACAUUCUAACCUUAGUCUCCUGAGCUUUUGCUUGACCGGCUUUACAUCUGGAUAAGUCGGCAAAUGAUGAACCACCAAAUCAGUAUCUAAUCUAGGCAUGUCUUCGCAAGACCAGGCAAAGAUAUCCUCGAACUCAGUGAGUAUCUUGAUCAUCUCCGUCAUUUCUUCAGCGGAUAAUAUUGUUCCAAUCUUGAAAUUUCGUGGUUGUUCUUCUGUCCUCAAGUUGAUUAUUUCGUCUUCGAUGAAUUGUGGCUCUUUUUCAUGUUUUUCGACACUAUUUUGGAUCUCUUCUGGAACAUCUUCCAGGCAGAUUAUCAUUUCUUCAUCCUCAUACUCAAAAUUUCCCGCAAUAUUAUCUUCCAAAUCCAAGACGUCAUAUUGAUUCACAUUCUUUCAUUUUUGAUAUCAUGCUUUCUAUAUUUUUUUGUUUUUCAAAAUUUUCAUUUUUUUUUGGAUUUUCUUUAAAAUUAAAGGUGCAUUAAAAAUACAAAUACCAUCCUCCAGGGCCCACGAGGAUUCUUGCGGUUCAUCCUUCCUUAGUUGUGGACCCUCAUCAUCAUUCCUACCAGGUUGUUUUUGUUUUUUUCCUUUGGUGUCUGAAGAAGUUCCGACAUCCUCUGCAUCUUCAUCGAGAGUUAUCAUGCAGAUGCUUUAAUGACACGACUUCCCCAUUCUUCUGGCGUUGAUCCUCCAUAAUUUUUCUCUUUGCUCUUCAAUGUGUUGUUCCAGGUUUUGAUUAAUCACCUCGGGGAAAAUCUCCGAAAAAUGUCCGAUAAAAGCAUUGAUCGUUUCCGGCCACGUUGCAUGCCGAACGUGGUCAUUCGUUGAAUACCAUACUGAUGCACCGUCUGUUAAGCUUUUUCUGUAUUGUUUCAAAUAUUCUCCGUUUAUUUCUAACGGUUUCAUGGACCACAAGAAUGAUUUGAGGUGCUUAAUUGGAGAGCCUUUACUGUUAUAGAUAGGGAGUUUUUUCCUUCUAGGAAAUUACAAUCCUAAGCAUGUAACGACCAUGCAUUCCUGGAUUGUUUCUUCAGUUUCUUGGGUUGGGCUAGCUGGACUCUCCUUUUGCUUAGGAACUUCCAGUUCACACCCAUCUUCUCCUUCAUGUACGCUGGAUUUGCCUGCGCUGUUAGUAUGAGAUGGAGAAAAAAAAUGACUUACCCCUUCAUAAACAGGUUCUUUGGAUUCCUUUCUUUUGCUAGAACUUCAUUCUGCUAUUACGGGUGCAAUCUUUGUUGAUGUGGUUGGUACUGGAAACUGUUAUUCUCCCUUACGGAUAGACCACUUUUGAAAGGAUGGCUGGCGUCUCCAAUCAAUCCCUUGAUCUUCUUGCUUCUUUCUGAAGGUUGUAGAGUUUCCUCGGGUCGAGAUGUAUCCUAAGCCGGACGUAUCGAAUGCCUUCUUUCCAAAUAUCAAUAUUGGUUGUGUAGGCCCUUGUUGUCGGAGCCCAAGUCCCAUCCCAGGGAAGAACUUGCAUUUUUGAAGCAUUUUUGGAAUGUUUUGGUUCCGAUAUUUGAAUUGACUCGUACACGCACGACUACUUUUCACUCCGGCUUCACCCUCAUGUCGGAUUUCCUCUAUAUAAUUAUGAAUUUUCGGGACCAUGUUCACAUAAACUUGAUGGGCCCUUAUUUCAUUCUCACCAUCAUCUGCAUGUAUAGUUAUUAGUUUAUUAUCCAUCCAGAACCUGGCUUUCUGGUGAAGGGAUGAUGCGCCAAUCUCGUUCUUCUGCAUCCAUGGUCGCCCUAGCAGGAGGUUAAAACUCGCGGCGAUAUCCAUUUCUAUCGUUCGAUAACAGUGAUUCUGUGACGCUUAUAAGCGUUGCAGUUUCCCGAUUUUCACCAUUUUCUCCAUUUUCUCUUCAUUGUAAACACCAUUUGAGCUUAAUAAAAUAUUUUGAGAGGUAUUUCACCAUGAUGAGCUAAACCCAGCACUAGGACAACGGAGAAAUCUGUAUUUCAUCCAUGCGAGUAAAAAUAAGGGGAAGUUUACAGUGGUGUUAAUGCCCGAUGGAAAAUCCUUCUUGGGCAGAAGAAAGAAGUACGACAAGAAACCAAGAAUGAAGCUUGUUUGGAGAUUACGAUAUUUAUGAUUAUUAGAAAGGAGUCCUAAAUCUGCUGCUGGUGUUGAAUUGUACUUCAUCAUGCUUCUCCAUGUUAAACCACCAAUAGCUUCUUGUUGAUUUACCUUUGAUUGCUUGAGUUUUAUAAUUUUGCCAUCUCAUUUUAAAAACUGGCGUGUCUCUGUAGAGGAUAGAAAGUAAAUUAAGAUAUUAUGGCACGACCUGAACGGGGAUAAAUAAUUGUUGAGAUGCUCAGAUGCAUAAUGUUAAUUCAUUUGGGAAUGGUGGUAAUUUCACAGUGCUUCCAUCUCCGUACUCUUGCUAGCACAUAGAUACAUAGGUCUAGUAUAAUAGGUUAGAAUCGAACCCAGGGUGUUAUUGUCGCGCUAAAUGUCCUUACAUUGGAAAAGGCUUGGUUGGAUGAGACAGACGUGGUAAUAUACAGACUGUGAAUAAGGGUGCUGUAAGUGAGCGCAAGACGGAUGGCUCUGUGCUUAUUGUAAACAGUGGAGGACUGAACCAACAAUGAACUGGGGGUAACUGAAGCUUUUCCUUAUCCCGCAUCCAAAUCUGUCAUAUGUUUGAUGCCUCUUAGUUAUGGGGGAUGGUUUAUUAGUUGAUUACAAGUGCUUUAGUGCUUCUUACUUCGCAACAGAAACAUUUCUCUCUAUUUCUGAACUCUAUUUAUAUUUCCCUUCUUGCUUUGUAAGCUACAAGCUGUCCACUUCCUCCACAUAUUAAAGUACUUGGAAUACCAAUUUCACAACACUUUCAAAGUUGAACCCACAAUAAUUUCCCCCCCAAUUCUGUACUCCUGUCCUCCAAGUGAUUUUUAGGGCAUGAUGAAGAAGAAAUCUCAGAGAAAGGCGGCCGGUGGUGCUGAUGAUGAACAGCCUUGCAGAUUCAGAAAAAACUAUUGCAAGAAUGUCAGUGGUGAUAACGAUCUACAAUUUUGUCAAAAACAUUACAAUUUUCACAUCAAUUUCUUAAGAAACAAUCCUUCGAUUAUAAAGGAGUGUCAUCGUCAUCUUCUCGAGUCUUCAACUCCAGAUCUAACCAAUAUUAACAAGGAGGAGAAGAAGAUGAAGAAGAAGCAGAAUCAGAAGAGUUUCAUACCACCAGAUGAAGAACGUUGUUGUAGAAAUGAUAGAGUAAUAUGGAGAUACAAGAGGAGGAGACAUGCUACUGAUGAUACUAAAUAUUGCGAGAAACAUAUAUUGUUAAGCAAAAUAACAAGCAGCAGUGGAGACACUAGGGAUUCAAAUUGCUUGAAACGGCCGAAGAAGCGGCAGCUGACAGACCAACCAUCUACUAGUAAUCCUACCACCACCUGCUGUGCUCGUUCUGCCAAAAUCGGUGCAAAGAGGAAAAAAGUCGAAAGAAUUUCCGGACAACUAAAAUCACCGACAGGAAUCAGGGAAACUAGGGCCUCGAAACGGAGGAGGAUGGUGUCGGAAGGUGAUGGAACAAGUAAUCAACCAGCUACAAAUGAUAACUGGGAGUCUGAUAGGAGGGGUGAUUCUGCCAAAAUUAGGGCAAAGAGGAAGAAAGUCAGAAGAACGGAAAGAUCUGGAGAACUGAAAUCAUCAACAGAAAUUAGUGAACUUGUGGUAGAAUUGGAGAAAAUGGACCAUUGUAAGACUAAGUGUAUUGAAUUGUCUGUGGAGCUUGAGAAGAAGGCAUUGGAGCUUGAGCAGAAGGAAUUGGAGCUUGAGAAGAUAAAAGUGGAGAAGAAAGUUGAGCUUGAGAAGAAGGACUUGGAGCUUGAGAAAAUGGAAGUGGAACUUGAGAAAAUGAAAGUGGAGCUUGUGAAGAAGAAAGUUGAGUGCACUAAACUCCAGGCUGAAUUAGCAGAGGCCGAGACCAGAAGGACUGCUGCUAGAGAUGAGGAUGCAAGUAAAUAUUGGAAGAACAAGUGUUCCGAUUUGGAGAGUCUGGUCAUGAGGAUGGAAAUUGAAUAUUUGACAAUGAGAUGUGAAGCGUCUCGCCUAACUAAUUUGGAGAGCCUAGUCCUGAGGAAUGUAAAUGAAAGUUCAUUAUUGAGAUGCGAAGAGUUGUGUAAUUCUGAAAAGAUUUAGUCCGACGUGCGGGUUUUGCAGAAUGAAAGAGGACUUUUGGGAACUUGGUCUCAGACUCGGCUAACGAUGGUCAUAGUCUGGGCGAACCAGAAGAUUCUAAUAGUUUUAUUCAUUCAAAAACUUCUCUUGGUGUGGUUGUCCCAUGGAUACGCUGGGGAUGAAAACUUCAGUAGGAACAAAGACGAAAUAGAGUGGAAAUCUGAGCCUGAAUUGCUUUCUUCAUUUGAAGAGGAUACUGAGCUCUGUACGAAAGCUGUUUGUGCUCUCUAUCGACAGGAAAUAUCCGAGGACGAAAUAUCAGCGGGGUUGUACAAUCACAGUGACAUACUCAGGUGGACUACUUUGGCCAAGUUUAUAAUA